AUGCCAAUCGCGUUCGAGACCUCUGUUAAUGACUCAACUUCCUUUCAAAUCGGCGGGCACACUGCUGAUCAGGUUAAAGAAGUUACUACGAAUUCAUUUGCCAACUUUGAGGUUCUAUCACAGCACGGUCACGCAUUGCGUCAAACUACUCAGGGAGAACAAGAACCGUUGAAAAUUCAAGAGGAACUUGCGCAAGGACCAAUAGCACAUUCCUUGGAAGAAAUAACUCGAGAUUUGCCCCGGUUACCGCAAUAUCAAGUGUCGGAAUCAGAAGAGGACGUAGUCAAUGUCUCCGCAAGCGAAACUACCGAAGAACGUGCCGCGAUCACCAGCAAUGCAGAAGAAGUUAGAGAAUUAAGUUUAGAGGAAAAGUUACUUAACGAUAACGAAGAUUAUGAAAUGGUUUUAAGAGCCAUAAAUGUCCUGAAAUUUCAGCUGCAACAAGCAAAAGAAGAUAUAUGCAAAUUAAAGUCAGUAAAAGAGAAGGCGCUGAAAGAUCCUAUACAAUUCAUCGAAGAUCUGCGUAAUGGGACAAACGAAAAGCCACCCAAACGUCAAUUCGUGUUUGGCGUCCCAGAGGUUGAUUGGAGCAAGUAUCAUACCAAUCCAUUGGAGUACAAGGCGAAAUUAGGUAAAUAUGCCAAGUCGAUGCACAUAUCAUCAUGUUUAAUGAUAUUCACGCAACAAACUAACCAUUCAGAGAAAGAAGCUGCGGAUGAUUCUAAGGAAUUAAAAAAGAAUCCAUCGCAAUCGCCUCAGGAGGAUUCGUUAGAUCUUACUGAACUUGUUCACAGAAAAGCUCAGGAAUUAGGUCUUAAGGUUCCGCAAAACGUGGUUUCCACGCGUUCUAAGAGACGAACGGAUCGAGGUAGCGAUGACAACAGUAUUUGUGCUAACCCUUCGAAAAUGGUGAAUUCACGAGAGAUGAAAUCUUCUUCAAGGAUGAAUAAAAUCGCGAGCGCAGCUUCCGAUAGCACAGUUACAACGAACAUAAGUUGUUCAAGUAUGUCGUCAAAACACCCUGGAUACAACUUACCGCGGAUAGAUGGGGAGCAGUGCCGGUUGGAACAUUUGCGGGCUAACAGAUAUAGAAAAAUUACAAAUAGUUUGAAAACAAGAACUUUAAAACAGUCUUCAGCGUCAUCAUCAAAGAACAAAAGGUCGGGCAAGGUAUCUAAAAUCAAAUCGACAGCUAAACUCUCAUCGGGAAAGCGACCUCGACGUCCACGGGUGUCCGGAAUUGCAUACAUGGAGGCGCAGCCCCCACCCACAUUAUAUAUGCCUGAUGAUGACGACGAAGUCAGCAUUAAGAAUGUGAUGAUGUCUGUUGACAAAGUCGGUGAACCACAAAAAUCUCAGCCUUGUAAUUAUCCUGCUGGGCCAAUACAUCAUGGCUUUUGCUGUGAUAGUUGUCAUAAGGACCCAAUAGAAGGGAUGCGUUUUAUUUGCCUGGAUUGCGACGAAAGUCAUGAAAUUGAUCUCUGUGAAAAAUGCAUGAUUGAAGGAAGUUUUGAAAAUGAUCAUCACAAAAAAUCCCACCGAUUUACAGUUGUCACUAACCCUAUACCGCCGCAUUUUGAUAUGGAUUACGUGCCCGAGAGAGUCGGAGAAUAUAGUUAUUUAGGUCUUUUUCCUCCAGCCCCAUGA